AUGGCUGAAACUGAAGGCAACAACACUCUGGCUAGGAAACUGGUGCGGAAGAUGGUCAAAGACCGCAAGAAGCACAAUGCGGUUGUCGACCGACUGGAGAAGCGGAACAAGACGCUGGAACUGGAGAUAGCGAGCCUGAAGAAAGCAGAGUCGGAAAACUCCCAGAAGUACUCAGAGCUCCUAAAAGGGAACAGGGUGCUCGUGCAGCAAAAGAAAGACCUAUCUGAGCGCAACCAGACACUCGAAUGGAAGAUGGCGGAGCUGGAGCGACGUAUUCCCGGCGCAGUGAAGGAGUUGCAGGACAUACAGCCUCACACACGUAGUCUGAUAUGCAAGAGAUGUCACAAGAGGAGGAUAGCUUGUGAUGGAGGAUACUCUUGUGCUCAGUGUGCCGUGGACGGCCUCGACUGCGAAUAUGUCAAGUGCCGGAGGUUCGACAACAUGAAGUAUGGGCGCAAGGGAUGCAGCAACGCAGCAUGCACGCAAGUUCACGAUGAGAAGGGGGUUGGGCUUGACUGA